ACACAUUCAUAUGGAGAUUUGUGGGUAUAAAUAGAGGGAAGAGGUAGAGAGAGGCUAGCACACUUCUAACUGGCUCUUCACUCACUGAGACCUCAGACUAACACUGACCACAGCAGCCAUGGCACCAACUGUUUUUGGACAAAUGAACUACUCUAAGGAGAACCUGACAUCCACCCACAAGCUGAGAAAGCCAAUGGUGGAGAAACUGCGCAGGGAUCGCAUCAACACCAGCAUCGAGCAGCUCAAGUCUCUGCUGAGUCCAGAGUUCCUCAGACAGCAACCAGACUCCAAACAGGAGAAAGCUGAUAUUUUGGAGAUGGCUGUCUAUUUUCUGAAGCACUGGCGGCAGCAGCAGUAUCCACCAGCGGAGACUGAUCCCCUGGCGGCGGCUAGCCAGGGCUACUCCCACUGUGUGAAGGAGGCACUGAGCUUCCUGUCCCAGAGCGAGACGCAGACCCAGUCCCACAGAAGACUGCUGAGCCACUUCCAGAGCGUGCAGUCAUCCAGCGCACCCAGCCAGGCCCUGAGUCAUCUCUCUCCGCCCGGCUCCCCAGUACACCGGGCCACCACCAAGAGGGUGAACCCCACCAACAGCACCCUCUGGAGGCCUUGGUAGAGAAAAUACAUUAUUAUGUCAAGUCCAACAGAAUUACACAGGCCAGUCUAUGACAGGUCUAGACAGUGAUUACCAGAGUGACGGAGGCUAUUUCUUUUGCAUUGGCAAGAGAUUCUACGUCGUAUAGUUUCAUCAAGAUGAAGAUGGCAUGGUGUGCCAGUAUUCCUUUGAAAGGACUAAUAUCAUUCAGAUUGUUCUGAAUACAUCAGCCAGCUGUAUGAAUACAUCAGCUGUAUGAAUACAUCAGCUGUAUGACAAAUUUACACUACUCUUUUCACAAGAGUGUAUUUUGUGUUAUGACAAAGAGAUAAUGUGGCUCUGAAAUAAGUUCUGAUAAUAAUAAUGUAAUAUAAUGGCCCAUAUUGGGUUGCAUCUAUAUCUGAAUGUCUGUGACAUUUCUGCUGUGUUUGAUUUAUUCAAACUUUGUUUUAUAAUUGAUAUUCCACUUGUCACUGAAUGAUGCAAUGUGUCAGUUUGGUGUUGUUUAUCAAUAUUAUCCCCUAAAUGGAUCCAAUGGAUCUACUUUUACCUGUAAAUCAUUUUAUGAUUAUAUGUGACUUUUCUGUCAACCUUUGUUACUGAUGGAAUAGUUAUGGAUGACAUUAAGCCUGAAUGUUACAGGCAAAUGUUAAAAGGUUACUUGUAGUAACUUAAAAUGAAUACCUUUUAUAAAGGGCUUUUACUUAUAUUCAACAAAUGCUGUUGGUGAAAGAAAAUGGUGCAUCUUAAUUGAUGUAAAUGAAGACUUUAAAAAAUCCAAUUCAACAUAUGAAAA